UUCCAUCUGUCACACAUUCUGUCAUUGGGCAGGACAUUAAACUGUAUUUUAUGAUAGUACUAUUAUUCUGCUCACGGUCUUUGCAAUAAGUUACCACCUAACAGUAGAAAGCAUGGGCUCAGGAGAGAGUACGACUAGAAAAGUGUCUUUUGGUGUCGAUGAUGAAGACAGAGUCAGAAUUCUCCGUGGAGUCAAGCUUUCAGAAGAUGUUCUUCAGAGGAUGAGAGGAGUAGCCAACAUUGCCCCAGAACAACCGUCUUCAUCAGCCUCAAGCGCUCAGAAAAACAAAGGUGCCUCUCGUACCUCCAGCUCAGACUCCCGACCUAAACCGAGUCCACAGCAUCGAGCCCAAACCAGCAGCCAGUCCAACAAACCGGCUUCCUUCGCCAAGGAGGAACAGAAGAGGUUCGAACGCCAGCAAUCGAUACUGAAAGAUGAGUUGGCCAAGAUGGCGCAAAAAGAGAAGGAGGCAGCAAGGGAGGAGAUGGUGAAAGCCAUGACCCGGGAAAGACAGCACACUCUGCAGGAAGCUGAGAAGACCAAGCAAUUGUCUGCAGAUGAGAUAGAAGUGAUGGCCCAGCAGCUACAGAAAAAAGACUCCCAGCUGAAAGCACUGGAUGCCUUCUACAAGGAGCAGCUGGCACAGCUGGAGAAGAGGAAUUGUGAAAGAUACGAGGAGAGCAAAGAAGAAUUCCACCAAGCUGCCUCCAAGACUGAAGCAAACAUCCGAUCUCAUAAUACAGCUGCAGUGUGCCCAGGCCUGCAGGCUCAGAUUUUAUCUUGUUACAAGGACAACAGAGAUCAGACCUUAAAGUGUUCAGACCUGGCCAAACAAUACAUGCAGUGUAUAAAUGCUGCAAAGAAGAACUUGCUAGUCAACCAUGGAUGAAGAGUGUGAGGAAAAGGGGGAAGAACCUUUAUAUCAUGAAGACUUCUACUUAUAGGCACUAAGAGCAACAUUUGCUAUGUUAGUGUUUUGAUUGACAUAAGAGUUGAUUUGCUGUUAGCAUGCCUUGUUUUUAAAACUUUCUUAUUAUCUUAUUUAUCUGCGGCAUCGUCAGUUAAAAUGCCCUUUUAGUCCGCACUGCUGCAUUCUGCAGGGAACUUUAGAAACACAAAAGUGUGUGUUCGGUUCAAGGUCUGAGUCAGUGGAUGUUGAAUUGAGUCAUUUAAAGGAUCAUUAUAAAGUAUUUCUAUUACCAAAAAUGUAAAGAUGCAUUCAGGGUCACUCCUCCAUCCACUGAAUGUAGGAUUCAGAUUCGUCCAAACCUCUGCUGCUUUUUAAAAAGAUGAAAAGAAAGGAAUGAAUUUCAGAAGCGCAUUGAAUAGAGUGCGUAGGGAGAGUCCUUGUUUUGAUCUUUGAAUGAAGGAAGAACUGAUUCACUUAUAUUCCGUUUGAGUUUUGUGGUUUUUGUAUUUAUUCAGCAACACAGGAACACGCUCAGGUAAACCUGGCCAUGGCUUUUCAUCAGACCUGUGAUUGAAUAUAUGAUUUUAUUAAACCAUUUCAUAUCCUU